AUGUGGCAGAACCCAGAACGUUCUCUCACUGAGGAACUGGCAGCUUCAUUUCAUCCCUUAUUUUUUUUUUGAUUUUGCACUGAAAUCCCGAUGUUUCUGAAUUGUGAGUCAAGCCCACAGUGUUGCAGCACUUUAUAUUUCUCCGAAGAAGCAGAUCUACGGAAGAACUUCGAGCAAGACCCCCAGGGCAAGGAGGUUCCCAUUGAGGGGAUGAUUGUCCUGCACUGCCGGCCCCCCGAGGGCGUCCCCGCGGCCGAGGUGGAGUGGCUGAAGAACGAGGAGCCCAUUGAUUCCAACCUGGAUGAGAACAUCGACACCAGGGCCGACCACAACCUCAUCAUCCGCCAGGCGCGCCUGUCUGACUCGGGCAACUACACCUGCAUGGCUGCCAACAUCGUGGCCAAGAGGAGGAGCCUGUCAGCCACCGUGGUGGUCUAUGUGAACGGGGGCUGGUCCUCGUGGACGGAGUGGUCCAGCUGCAACGCGCGCUGCGGGCGGGGCUGGCAGAAACGCUCGCGCACCUGCACCAACCCCGCGCCCCUCAACGGGGGAGCCUUCUGCGAGGGCAUGUCCGUGCAGAAAAUCACCUGCACCUCCCUCUGCCCCGUGGACGGCAGCUGGGAGGUGUGGAGCGAGUGGUCGGUGUGCAGCCCCGAGUGCGAGCACCUGCGCGUGCGGGAGUGCGCCGCACCCGCGCCCCGCAACGGCGGCAAGCACUGCGAGGGGCUGAGCCAGGAGUCUGAGAACUGCACCGAGGGGCUCUGCAUCCAAGACGUGGAGCGCGGCGCGGACGUGGCGCUGUACUCGGGGCUGGCGGCGGCGGUGCUGGCGGUGGCCGUGCUGGCGCUGGGGGUGACCCUGUACCGGCGCAGUCAGAGUGAGUACGGCGUGGAUGUCAUUGAUUCCUCUGCACUCACGGGAGGCUUCCAGACUUUUAAUUUUAAAACAGUCAGACAAGGUAACUCCCUGCUCCUGAACUCGUCCCUGCAGCCCGAGCUGACGGUCAGCAGGACCUACAGCGGCCCCAUCUGCCUGCAGGACCCCCUGGACAAGGAGCUGAUGACCGAGUCCUCCCUGUUCAACCCCCUGGCCGACAUCAAGGUCAAGGUGCAGAGCUCCUUCAUGGUGUCCCUGGGUGUCACCGAGAGGGCCGAGUACCACGGCAAGGCGCACCCCGGCACCUUCCCCCACGGCAGCCCCAGGCCCUUUGGGACCCUCCAGGCCAGGAACAAGGCCAUGUUCAUCCAGAACCUGGCCUCCAUCUCCAGCAGCAGCGAGCUGAGGAGCACAGCCCUGUUCGGACACCUGGGCGGUCGCUUGGUGGUCCCCAACACAGGGGUCAGCCUGUUGAUUCCACACGGGGCUAUUCCAGAGGAGAGCUCCUGGGAAAUCUACCUGGCCAUCACCCAGAAGGAGUCCAGCCUGGAGCCGGAGGGCCCCGAGGUGCUGCUGGGGCCCGAGGUGAGCUGCGGGCCCCCCGAGCUGGCCGUGAGCACCCCCUGCGCCCUGAGCAUCCCGCACUGCGCCCACGCCGACCCCCAGCACUGGAGCAUCCACCUCAAAAGGAGAACCCAGCAGGGCAAGUGGGAGGAAGUGAUGUCUGUGGAAGAGGAAACUACUUCUUGCUACUGCCUGUUGGAUCCUUAUGCCUGUCACAUUCUCUUAAACAGCUUUGGAACUUAUGCCCUAAUUGGGGAACCCAUCUCAGACUGCGCCGUUCGACAGCUGAAAGUCGCCGUUUUUGGCUGCCUGUCUUGCAAUUCUCUGGAUUACAAUCUGAGGGUUUAUUGUGUGGAUAACACCCCUUGUGCAUUCCAGGAAGUGGUUUCGGAUGAAAGGCUCCAAGGGGGACAAUUGCUGGAGGAACCCAAACUUCUGCAUUUUAAAGGCAACACCUGCAGCCUCCAGAUCUCAGUGCUGGACGUGCCUCCCUUCCUGUGGAGAAUCAAACCCUUCACUGCCUGUCAGGAGGUGCCGUUCUCCCGCGUGUGGCGCGGCAGCCCCCGGCCCCUGCUCGGCGCCUUCUCCCUGGAGCGCUUCAGCCCCGCCACCACCCACCUGUGCUGCACCGUCUGUGUCAGGCAGCUGCAGGGCCACGAGCAGCUGCUGCACGUCCAGACCUCUGUCCUCGAGGCUGAGAGAGAAAACAUCCCCUUCUUUGGCCAGGAGGACAGUGCCUUCCCCGCCCAGCUGGGCCCCAAGGCCUUCAAGAUCCCGCGCUCCAUCCGGCAGCGCAUCUGCGCCACCUUCGACGCGCCCGGCGCCAAGGGCAAGGACUGGCAGCUGCUGGCCCAGAAGAACAGCAUCAGCAGGAAUCUCUCCUUCUUUGCCACCCAGAGCAGCCCCUCCGCCGUCAUCCUGGACCUGUGGGAGGCGCGGCACCAGCACGACGGGGACCUGGACUCGCUGGCCUGUGCCCUGGAGGAGAUUGGCAGGACACACUCCAAGCUCUCCGAGGUGCCAGAGCCCGAGCUGGAGGAGCCCGAGUUCCCCUGCAGCAGGAAGGGGCUUUAGUCCCUCUGUCCUGCCAGGACACACGGCCCUGAGCCCAGCAGGGGUUGUGGGGAUGGAACUCGCCCCCACAUCGGUGGCAGAGGGAGGAGCAGAAGCUAAAAACCUUCUGGUGAUGAGGAAAACGAGCUCCUCCCUGUCCUCCUCCACUUAAAAUCCACCUUUUGGUGCCCCAAACAAGCUUGCACUUGUGUCAGUGCCGGGGCAGGAGGGAGAGAGACACAGAGCCAUAAGAGGGAAAUGUUAUUCUGUAUUUAGGAACAGUCAUGUUCGUGUACUGCCUGGUGAAAAUCAACAAAUAACGUUGGAUAUUUCGAGCCACUGGAGGUUGGUCCUGGUUAAAAGGUUUCUCGCUUCGAGAGUGGUUUAAAAUCUCAUCACGUUGUCACUUUAUGUCUGCUACAGGAAAACUGAAAAUUUGGCCUUAUCCUGUUCAGAUGUUUGAGGAAUUAGAAGAUCUCAUCAUUAUUUCAUAUCGUGUGUAUUCCAAAUAAUUUGUUUUAAAAAUUCAGCCCCUUAAUGAAUGUACAUUUGCUGCAGAGCUUUGCUGCCUGCUCUGUGACCAAAAUUCCAGAACAAACCCCUUCUCUCUGAGACUUGGGGGUGUGCACACACCAGAGGAAUUUUCUAAUUUCCUACGUCUGCAAACUUUCUUAGUCAAAAAACUGUCUUUGGGGGUGGAUUUAAAUAACCAAAUAACACACGGGAAAUUUCCAGCCCUAUUUUAGCAAGUUGAGACAUUUAUUUUUGUUACUUCAUUCUCUGUGGCUGAGCUGAAGGUGAAGGCAAUCAGCACAGCUUCAUUUUGGUCUGGUUUCAGACUGAAACCACAAACCCACACAGCACUGCCAACUCUGCCCUGGAUUUUGUUGCACAAUUUGGGAAUUUCACAGGGUCCAGAGCUGGCUGUGUUCCCUUGGUUUAGUUACAAAUUACAUUUGCCCCAAAAUUCAGGAUCUAAGCAGAGAAUUCGCCUCGUUUUUUACCCAUUCCAUGCAAAUAUGAUUUAUGACUUCAACCAAACCAAAAAGAGCUGUCACUGUGAGCAAGGGCCUGGUGGAGCUGGUUCUGAGCCAAAUGUCACUGUUAUUUCUGACCAUUCUUUUCACUCCCAUCCUUCACCACAGCCGAGGUGCUCCUCAGCCCGUGGGGCUGCCCGGGCACGGUCAGGAGAAACAGGAACAGAAACGAGGCUUUGGGAGCUUUGUGCAAAUGCAGGAAACCCAAACCAAGGGUUUGGGGCUGUUUUAGCCUCGUGUUUGGCUGAGAGCAGGGCAGGUCUGGAACUGUUCCUUCACCCAGGACUGCAGUGUGAAAAUCUGAACAACAACAAUGAGAUCAACAACAGCAGCAGCAGCUCUGUCCUUGCUCCUGCUGCUCUGGAAUCACCAAUGUCACUGCCUGCCCAGCUCAGGAAUAGGCUGAGACUUGGAAAUCCUGAGACUUGGAAAUCCUGAGACCAGUGCAAACCUUUCCUGCAGCUCAGCAUCUCCUGCAGCCUGGCAGGAGGCUCCUGGCACAGGUUUCGGGGCAGACAGAAAUACCGGCUGCAAGCUGUCACUGCUUUCAGCAGCACAUGCUCCUCCAGUUCCAUCUCCUCUGACUGCCAGUCCUCCUCCAGAAACCUGUUCUUGGUUGGACAAAAUGUCAGGCAUUAGAAAAAAACAAAACAAGGGAUGAUGGCACCCGGGGAACAAGCAGAGUCUGCGAGCUGCCGUUGUCGGGGAAACCAGCCCCGCUCUGCCUGCAGCAGGGAUUUGUUCUCAGAGCCCAGAGCUGCUCUGCUCUGGGGCAGGCUGGAUUUGUGUGCCCCAGGUGCUGCAGGGCAAGCCUGGGUUAGACACGAGGGGGAAAGCUUUGGGAUCAGGUGUUCUGGGCAGUCUGAACCUGGCAAGUGCCUCAGGAAUGGGGAAAGCGUAAGAGCCUGAAUGAGAGAUGGGGCACUCCAGGGGCUCUCCAAAAUGCAGUUUGUUGUAUCCAAAAUGCAGUUUGUUGUAUCCAAAAUGCAGUUUAUUGUAUACAAAAUGCAGUUUAUUCCAUCCAAGGGGUCACAGCAGCCCAGGGCCGUGGGUGACAGAGCUGUGCCCACAGCUGUCAGCUCCAGCUGCAGGCAGGCCUGGACACCCUUUGGGUUUGGUUACAGUGCAUUAUUUACUUUUCUUUGCUGAGCAUCUUAAUGCAGCAGAACCAAUCUAUACCUGAACUAUUAUCUCUAGCCUACCAUAACUCCUGUAAUUACCACAUUCAUGUCACUGUUCCCCAAUCACUAAAGUCAGUACAUCACAGUUUAAGCCAGAAGUUGUUUUUCAGUUAAAAUUCUGAGACCUUUUUUCUACUUGCCACAUUUGCUGCCUUGUUUGCCCGUGCUCUCUUUGUGCUUGGUACAAACAUUUUCUUGUUUGAGGUGGGUUUAUCCUUUGCUCUGAGCCAUAAAACCCCUUCUCACUAACACACCCUUUGCCUCCUUGGUUAGCCAGUCAGACUCGCUCAGCAAUUCUUUUCUUCUCUAUCAAAACUUGCUUCCAUCUCUAUUCCUUCUUCAGAUUCUACCUUCCAAAGUCUUUCUGCCAAGCUCAAACAUCUGUGAGACUUUCUGGUCAAACUUUCAUCCUUCCCAACAGGAGAGAGAGAAUGGAAAUGUGACUGGAAAUUGGGAAAAAAAGGGAGGCUUUGGGAAAUUGGGAUAAAAAGGGAGGCUUUGGGAAAUUGGGAUAAAAAGGAGCUGCAUCCUCCUGCUGUGCUCCACGGGAGCUGCCCCCACAGCCCAGGGGAACCCCGGGAGCUGCGUGGGCUCAGCCCCUGCUGCCUUUCCUCAGCCCUGGAGCUCUGCAGACCCUCCCAGGGCAGGACACCCCUCUCAGAGGGACCCAGCCUGCACCAGAAUCCCAGUUCCACCCCCAGUCCCACGGAGGUCAUGUCCUGAAAGGGAAUAAAUGUCCAACCUGGACAAUUCCAGAGGGAAGCUGUUCCCCCGUGCCCAGGGCUCAGUUGGAUGUUGCCCUUUAGGUUUUGUUCCCUGGUUUUUCUUCUCUCUGACUAAAGCAGUUCUUUGUAGCUGAUCUCACUCUUUGAGAACCUGAAUCAACAACUCUCAAGCUUUCCUUCCUAUUCCUGACUGCUUUGAUGCUCUUGUGUUCUUCAAAUGAACCAGAAAUGCCCCAAAUAUUUAUUUCCUUUCUCCCUUUCUCUCAAAAAGACCUUUUGGAAAUCUGUGCACGUACUCAUACGAUUUGACCCAAAACACAGAUGUGGAGGAGCACCUGGAAAAGGAUUAGAGGCCAGAAAUUAAAAAUUCAUUCCUUUCUUCUGUUGUAUAAAUUAUGAUAAUUGAAAAACAAUUUUCCUGAACGAGAAAGCGAAAGAAGGAGAAAUGUGAAUUUCUGUGAAUUUCCCCCCUGUAGAUUCCACGUGGCUGCCCUGGCUCUGUGCAGGGGAAAGAGCCAUUCUGAUUUUCCAUCACCAAAGACUCUGCUUUAAUAGAUUUCAUCUUCCUGAGCACUUUGCCCAGGUAUUUCUGUGCCAUGACUCAUUGCAGACUAAUGGCUGCAUUUUAAAAAUGACUCCCAGCUCCGCCAGCUCCAUAAAGCUCAUUUCCAUUUCGUACCGCCCUGCACUCCCACAGAAAUUUUAUUGGGAUUUUUGUAAUAGAUGAAGAGAUAGCAAACAAUUCUCUUAAAAUCCUGCAAACUGCUUUUGUCCUUGUUUUUAUCUCUGGCCACAGCUGCUCUCCCCCUCUCUGGCCUGGGCACUGCUGCCUUUCAGAGAAUCUUAUUCAGCAUAAAUCAGCAGAAAGGGAUCUUGCAGGCUCCAGGAUAUUCACAUCACACUGCAAGUCCCUUCUUUUCCACCUGCAAGGCAGUGCUGUGAGAGUUUUAAAGCAUUCAAUAACUGAUCAAUCCCAAUCUUCCACAAAAGGGAGACACAGCCCAGGUCCAUGGUGAGCUAAACAAGGGAGGGACCGGGCUGGGCUUCUGCUCACCACCUGAAUCUUCUUUUUUCAGUCUGUUUCUGCCUGUAAAACACAGAUUGCCCAGCUGAUAAACAGUUACAAAAACGUUAAAUGUGCUCCUUCUGCUGGUCUGGAUAAGAAAAAAUGUGGUGCUGGUCAGUCUGGUGAGACUCUGGGCAGUGUCAGACAAGAGAUAACAAAAUUCCCAUUGCAUCCUCAACUUCCAGAACUUUAAGCCAGCUCUUAGGUGAAAACGGGAGGAGGAACUUCGACCCAGCCCAACACAAAAUAUAAAUAAUUCCUAAACAGAGAAAAAAAAAAAAAAACAACCCACAAGUAUUCCUCUAGAGAGAUCUGUUUUCUCUUCUGCUCCUUUAUUUUUGCAGUGAAGAGGUUGUGAAAAGGUUCUUGGCUGCUCUGCCUGAGCAUCCCUCCCUGCCCCGGCGUGUUGGGGGUGAAGGAGGGCAGAGCUCUGAGCCCUUCCUAGGGUGAAGCUGAAGGAGUGGGGAAGGGAGACAGAAGAUGGAAUCAAAAGCAUGGCCUUGGCUUCAUACCACACUUUCUGUGCCUUGUUCUAUCAAUGUAAAUUCUGAAUGUUGUACAGUGAAAAUACUUGGGAGAGACUCCUUGGGAAAGGCUGCACUGGCUUCUUUUUUCAGCACAUGUACAUAUAUAAAUAUAUAUACAUAUAUAUAUAUAUUUGGUAAUGCCAACCAGCUGCGUUCUGUUGUCCUGGAGAAGUCAAAGUGGACACUUGGGGUGUUUUCUGUGGAGUUUCAGAGCUGUGUGGCCACGGCCUUUGGAGAGAGGUGUACAGGGGGGAAUCCUGGAUAUCAGCUAUUUAUGAAUAAAGAGGCUUUUACUGAUCCUGA